AUGGUUGCCGGGGCGCCCGGCAACAUGCGCCUAAGAGGUGACCUUCCGGUCAUUCGAGGACUCUUGGAAGUAUCGGCCGAUGCGAAUGAUCAAACGAGAAAGGCGCAGCCAAUCUUGGCUCUCUUUGCAGCCAACACCGUUCUCGGUCUCUGCGCUUUGUUCCAGAACAACGAUGCUAUGAAGUUGCUAAUUUCAGCCAAAGCGAAGGGGAAUGCCCGCAAAGGCACCUUCCCGCCUAUACUUGGUGCCAUCUUUGCCAACAACGUAGAGGGUAUCCGGAUCUUACGUCAGCACGGAGCCUCUGCAAACGUCGCAGCGCCAACAGGGAUUUCAGCGGUGCAGCAAGCCUGUACAACUGGCAGCUUGGAGGUCCUCCAAGUCUUACUCUUUGAGACUGAGAGUAGGCUGCCGUUGACGCAAGCGCUACACCAUGCCGCAAUAUUUCAAGACAGCUCUGCCAAGAUCGUUCGAAUGCUGGUUUCAGCAAGGGCCGAUAUCAACGAGCAGUACAAAGGGUCGUUCCGGACGGUGCUGGGGCUUGUUCUCCGCAUGAGGGGACUUCAAUACAAGUUGGGUGGCAAGGCAACAAAGUCAAGAUUCUUGGGAUACCACCAUCUUGGUGCCACCCCACUCAUGAUGGCCAUAUUGGCCGGGCAGUUUGAAUGUGCUGCUGCCCUCGCCGUGGCUGGAGCCCGCCUAGAUCUCCAAAACGCAAGGAGAAAGAAGGCUGAGGAUCUGGCUAAGCAGUUGGAUGUGCCAGAAUUCUUGAUGGAAGCCCUGCAUGGGCGAGUGGAGAGAUGUGCAGCAGUGGUCUCUCUCGCCACUUCACAAGACAAGUGUCACGAUGCACCCGAAGAAGACUAUUUCGAGGUGUGA